AUGACGUUCGCCAAACUCUCAGAGAAUCCGGAGUACUCCAGCAUUCUACCAGCAACCUUUCUUCACGGCUAUGCAUCGGCAGCCUACCAAAUCGAAGGCGCAACUUCUCAGGGUGGCCGUGGGGCAUCCAUUUGGGAUGAGUUCUUGAGAGAUUCGCCGGAAAAUGGUGACACUGCCUGCAACUCAUAUCAUUUGUGGAGAAAUGAUAUCGAACUUCUCAAGCAGUAUGGGGCUAAUUCAUAUCGAUUCUCCAUAUCGUGGUCGCGAAUCAAGCCUCUCGGAGGCAGGAAAGACGAGGUUAACCAUGAAGGAAUCAAGUAUUACAAUGACCUCAUCGAUGGGCUUUUGGAAGCUGGAAUCGAGCCGACGGUCACUUUGUUCCAUUAUGACGUUCCAUUGUCACUCCAGAGACGGUACAGAGGGUUUGCGGCAGCCGACAGUGGAGAAUUGGUUGAAGAUUUCUGUUCAUUUGCGAGGCUCUGCUUCGAGACCUUCGGUGACCGGGUGGGCAAAGUUGACUGGGGAGCCCCGGUGCACGAUAUGACUAACAAGAAAAGGGUUGGACACAACUGUAUACUCGUUCAUGGCCACGUCGCUCGUCUUUAUCGUGAAGAGUUUAAAAUGACACAGGACGGUCAGAUUGGGAUUGCUCUGAAUAUGGAAUGGGUAGAGCCUGUUGAUGAAUCCCCUGCGGCUGUGCAGGCUGCUAAUCUCGCCACAGAGAGAUGCAUUGAUUGGUUUGCGAAGCCUAUCUUUCUCGGUACGCAGACGAAUGCUUGGGAUCGCCACAGUGACAUUUUUCCUCGAUUCUCCGAGGAAGAGUUGCAAAUGUUAAAUGGUUCUGCAGACUUCUUCUCUGUGAAUCAUUAUGGAACGUCUUACGCUACAGGGAGGAUCCUAGAGCCUGGAUCUAAGCUGGAUAUAUGGACUAUGGAUGAAGUAGAGAAGUCAUGGACAAAAGAUGGAAUAUUAAUCGGGAGACGAGGCCAUAACGGCCACCCGCAUACUGUUCCCUGGGGCUUCAGAAAGGUGCUUGUCUAUUGUUGGGAUCAUUUUGCCAAAGCAUUAGACAUUCCCAUCAUUGUCUAUGAAAACGGAUAUGCCAUGGAAAAUGAAAGCAGCAUGGCUAUUGAGUCUAUUAUAGACGAUACCGCUCGACAGGAGUACUACAACAAUUACUUCCAGGCCCUGUGUGACGCAGUGAAAAUGGAUGGGGUGCAGGUUGCAGGAUAUCACGCCUGGAGUCUCCUCGACAAUCUUGAAUGGCACAACGGCUACCAGCCGCGAUUCGGAGUCACAUUUGUGGAUCGUGAGGCCGGAUAUAAGCGCAUUCCCAAAAAAUCGGCUAGCCUUCUCAACUCUAUCUGGCGUUAUACGGUGCAUGGAAAACGCGAGUAA